AUGGUAUUGGAUAUUGAUGUGCACCAACGAUCAAAAAAAAAAAUGGCAUUCAAUGACGUUGAAAAAAAAAAAUUGAAAUGCAAAAGCAACAACACUUCUCAUUAUAUCAACUACAUAUCAAAGAUGAACUUUCAAACAAGAGCACCACCAAAGGCUAAAGAAGAGAAAUCAACUUUUCAAAAAAUCAAAGAAACCCCUGCUUUUGCUGUUGGUACACAAGUUGCUUUAUUCGGUUUAGGUGUUUUAUUCAUCCAAUCACCAUUGAUGGAUAUGUUGGUGCCACAAUUAUAG